AUGGCUUUGACAGAGUCAACUCAAAGAGCGCAAGUGGUUGGAGCUCUGGCUUGCCAACAAGAUUCGUAUCUAACAACUUUGGAAACGGAGGUUGUUUCUUGCGAGAAACGCCUGCUACCGACAGCCAAAAAGAACGGCAGUAAAGACAAGUCGGCAGUUGCCAAUGGCGAUAAGAAUCCCGAAACAUGGCUCAUUGAAUUUUCUGAUUCCGUUCUCUUCCCCGAAGGUGGCGGUCAACCGUCGGACCAUGGCACCGUCACUCGGCUAUCAGGAGCCUCUGAAACCCCUAUCCCGAUAGAAUUUGUCGAAAGGGUUGGACUGCGCUGUGUAUACCACUCACCUCAGCCUCUGUCACCGGGUGAUCGUGUCCGCCAGGAAGUCGACUAUCAACGCCGCCGAGACCACAUGCAGCAACACACCGGCCAGCACCUCCUCUCUGCCGUCAUGGACACAUAUGAUAACCUCAAUACGCUUGGCUGGGGUAUGGGAAAGAGCGACGCCAUGAACUACGUCGAUCUACCGCGCAAGCCUUCGGAGUCUGAGUUGCAAGCUAUCCAGACCAGGUGCAACGAUCUCAUCCGUGCCAAUCUACCGAUUACUGUAGAAACUCCUGACGAUGCCAAAGUUCACAAGAUGCCAGGAGACUAUGACCAAAGCAAAGGAGUUGUUCGUGUCAUUCGUAUUGGAGAUAUUGAUCGUAACACCUGUUGCGGUACACAUUUAUCGCAAACCUCGCACAUCUCGCUCAUUCUUUUACAUCAUGGCGAGUCGGUUCAUGGCAAGAACUACCGCCUGUAUUUCUCUGUCGGAGAUAGAGCCAUCAAUCUGGCAACUGCCUCAAUCAAUGCCAUGGGCUCCAUCUCAAAGCUUCUGUCCUGUCGCAACACUUCAGAGGAGGUAGUUCAGAACGUCAAGAAGAACCAGGACUUGACGUCCGAUCUGAAGAAGAGAGAGAAGAAGCUGCUGGCGGAGAUUGCGCAAUUCGAAGCGGACGCUGCCAAAGCCAAGCUGCAGAAUAGAAAAGCUGCAGAAUAG